AUGCUGUCUAUACUGAGAAAAGCCCGGCUAAAAGACAAGGAAAUGAGAAUAUUGAUGCUCGGCCUUGAUAAUGCCGGAAAGACCACGAUUGUCAAGCGGAUUAUGAACGAGGAUGUCACCACGGUUAGCCCAACGCUGGGGUUUAUCAUCAAAACUAUUGAUUUUCAAGGAUACAAACUCAACAUUUGGGAUGUAGGAGGGCAGAAGACAUUACGCUCAUACUGGAAAAAUUAUUUUGAGAAGACUGACACUUUGGUCUGGGUUGUUGAUGCAACAGAUCGUUUGAGAAUCGAUGAUUGCCGGGAUGAACUUGCCGGCCUUCUUCUCGAAGAGCGACUGACGGGGGCAAGUCUUUUGAUAUUCUUAAAUAAAACUGACGUUGAAGGCUGCAUGACAGAGGAUGAAGUCCAUGAUCGGCUUGAACUUGAUUCGAUCAAGACCCAUAAAUGGACGAUAUUACCCUGCAGUGCUAUGACGGGGAAAAAUCUCCAUGAUGGCCUAGAAUGGGUCGUGCAGGAUGCAAAGGAUAGACUAUUUCUUUAUUGA